UGCGUUACCAGCGGUCACUCGGGAAAGGGCAAGAAAGCGUAUGCAUUCCAAAAGCAGCAGGAACAUUACCGAUCACAUAUCACCGGCGUACACGAUGCAAAGAAUAAGCACACAAUAACAAGGAUUUUAGCUGGACCGGAAAACGAACCACAAGGAGCCCAUAGACAUGUUAUGAAAAGUCCGUUCUUCCUGAACAUUCCCUCGUUUAGUCCCCCAUAGCAGUUCGGCUUGAUUCAUGAACUCACAAGUUUGAUAUUAGACCCCAGGCUUUCUGCAGGAAGUUGGGUUCCAUCUUCCGGCCUCAUCAGGCCUGGUGGCUUCUCCUGCGGUGGGAAAGGUAAAUCCCUUCGUCCGGGAUCUCAUUGCCGGAAAGAAGAGGCCGCUGAGCUGUUUGAGAACGCAGGGUGCAUGCUGACGCUGCUCCCACCUGUAGCAAACAUCUUUCAGGGGGCAGCAACGCCGUGAGCCUGGAAAGAAGCCGACAGCAGGCUGCUGCGUUCUUCCUCAGCCCCACCUCCUUACCUUCCUUUCUGUGCAGGGCUCACCAGUGAUGCAGGAGAACGAGUCCACUCCGGGCUGGCAGCCACGACCAACUGCACGUCCGUAAACCCCAAGGAAAGACUUCAACUCUUCUGAGUGCUGGAUCACACAGGAUGCACUCACCUGCAGACUGCCCAGUGCUCUACCCGUACUCUCAUCCCUCAUCCUGAAGCGGCUUCCUGGGCUUAGAGACCGCAUUCCCGCCCACCCCCAAGACACGGGACAUGUGUCUAGUAGUCCAUUGUGAUGGUGACACAGAAACUCCGAGCAAACUCCUGAGUGAAAGGGCUUCUUAGGGAUGUUCACAGGCUGUAAUGCUGGACUCGGUGGUUGUUGAGGAUGUAUCCAUCGUCUUCAGCCAGGAGGAGUGGGCUCUGCUGCAUCCUGCUGAGAGGAAACUCUACAGAGAUGUGAUGACGGAGACAUUGGCAAACCUGGCGUCAGUAGUGUAUGCCUCAACCUGAAUCACUGGGUGAAGCCUCUCAAAACCGUAAUGAAGGAGCCAAGUCGUCCAGUGAACGUGUAACGGUCCAGUCCGUGGAGAAUAACACCUGGUCCCCUGUGUUGGGAGCAACCUGGGAAUCACUUGCUGUUAAAGAUCAACGUAAAAGUGAGGGGAUAGAUUUCAGAAAUCACGCAGUCGAGAACCUUUGUGAAAGUAAUGAAGGCAACCAGUUUGGGAAAACUUUCGGUCGAAUUCCAGACUUCACUGUUACGCAAAGAAAUCCUCUGGAAGAAAGUAAUUUUGAAAGCCAGGAAUCAGCAGAUUUUCUGGAUUGCUCUACACAUAAACAUCAAACCAUAGCUCGCGCUGGAUGCCAUCGUUGGUGUGAUGGAUGUGGAGAAAACUGCAGUGUUCCCUGUAAAACUCUUAAUAAAAAGACAUCCAUUCCAUGUCAGAUAAAAAACAUGGGUCCUAAGAAAGCCAUUGCAGACACGCAGAAAAGGAAAACGGUAAGGACCACAAUUGAACUGAAGAAAGAGAUUAUUGAAAAGUACGAAAGAGGCAUCCGUGUGACUGAUUUAGCGUCCCGGUUUAACUUGCCAAGAUCCACCAUCAGUACGUUCUUAAAGCACAAAGAGGCAAUAAAAAGUGCUAGUGUUGCCAAGGGGGUUACGAGUUUGACAAAACAGAGGCCUCCCUUAAUCGAUGAAGUGGAAAAACUGCUGUUGGUUUGGAUAAAUGAGAAACAACUUGCUGGGGAUAGUAUUCCCAAGGCUGCCAUUUGUGCUAAGGCUCGGUCCUUGCAUGCUGAUCUUCUGAAAAACAAACCCGGCUCAAGUACUGGUCCCGAGCAUGGGUUUUUGGCCAGUAGGGGCUGGUUUGAUAGGUUUAAGAGAAGAAGUGGCAUUCCUGUUGUUGCACCACGGAGGGCGGCAGGAAAUGCUGACGGUAAAGCUGCAGAAAACUACGUGAAGGAUUUCCAGCAGUUCGUGGACAAAAAUGGCUUUAUGCCAAAUCAAAUCUUUAAUUGCGAUGAGACCGGGCUCUUUUGGAAGAGAAUGCCAAAGAGGACCUAUAUUACCACAGAGGAAAAGAAAUCGCCAGGCCACAAACCGUUGAAAGACAGGCUCACUUUGUUGCUGUGUGCAAAUGCAAGUGGCGAUUUGAAAAUAAAGCCUCUGUUGGUCUACCACUCCGAAAAUCCUCGGGUUUUUAAGAAGCAUGACGUUGUGAAGAGCGAGUUAAAUGUGAUGUGGAAGUCGAAUGCCAGGGCGUGGGUCACCAGGAGGAUUUUCAGGGAGUGGGUUUGUGAAGUUUUUGCCCCCAGUGUCAAAAAAUACCUUGAGGAACACGAUUGGCCACUCAGGGCAGUUCUCGUUUUAGACAGUGCCCCUGCCCAUCCCCCAGACAUGGAAUGUGGGUUAGCAGAGGAAUUUAGCUGGCUGAAAAUAAAAAUUUUGCCACCCAGAACCACCUCCCUCAUACAGCCCAUGGGCCAGCAGGUUAUUUCUAAUUUCAAGAAAUUGUACACGAAGGCAUUGUUCCAGAGGUGUUUUGAAGUGACCAGGAAAACUGGCCUAACCUUGGCUGGUUUCUGGAAGGAGCAUUUCCAUAUUUUGAGCUGUGUUAGACUCAUAAACAAAGCCUGGGGAGGCGUCUCUAAGGGGACUCUGAGAACAGCGUGGAGAAAUCUUUGGCCUGAUGGGGUUCUUCUUAGGGACUUUGACGGUCUCGGUGCCCCUAGUCAGCUGGAAGCUGACUCUGAAGCUGAGCCCCUUUCUCUGCCUGACCCAGAUGUGGAGGACAUUGUUUCUGUGGCCAAGUCCAUGGGUUUGGAGGUCAGUGCUGAUGAUAUUGAGGAGCUGAUUGAAGAGCAUAGCCCUGAACUCACAACGGAGGAACUUCAGGAGCUUCAAGAGCAGCAGCAGCAGGUGUUGGCUGAGGAGCCGUCUGGAGAGAAGGAGAUCAAGAGAGAGUCAGCCUCUUCAGAAAUCAAAGAAAUGCUGCUUCAUUGGGAGAGAGUCCAGGAAUUUUUGGAAAAGAAUCACCAUGAUAAGGAACUGGUUAACCGUGUCAUCGAUAUUGUUGAGGAUAAUUUAGUAAACCCUUUUAGAAAACAGCUAAGGAAACGCCAACAGCAGACCACAGCAGACAGAUUUUUCUAUUUUAGAGAAGGCCAGCCACGUGCUAGUGAAAAAAGGCAAAGAAGGGGGGAAAAACUCCUGAAAAGCAGCUAACAGUUGAUUUUAUGGAAGGGGAUUCCCCAUCCAAACAAUGACUCUCCCAUACUCAUGUCCAGAGAUCCAGAUCCCCAUCAAUCAUGGGUCAUCUUGUAGUUGUUAAAAACUUUCUUAAUGUGUUUCUUAUGUAAGUUCUAUUAUUUAACUCUGAACUUCUUUACUUUCAAAUGUAUGUGUCAUAUUUUGUAUAAAAAUAGACGAGAUUGGGGUAUAAAAAGGCAGAGUCAAGAACAGAUGAAUCCGUUUUCAGUUAUUUCUUCUGGGAAAAAUUGAUUCGAAACUUGACCGCAUCGUGUGUUAACACUCCUUCUGGAACGGAUUCUCGUUGAGGUGCGGGCUACUACUGUCUAUAAUAGCAAUGCCGUCUAAAGGGAACGGGGUUUAAUGUUUGUGCUUUGACCAAAUGACAGUCUCGUGUCCACAUCUGUGUUUGCGCGUGGCUUUCUUAGAUUUUGUUUGUAACAAAUAAGUUUCCAGGUAGUAGUCUUGAAUAAACUUGGCUUCAUAUUUUUGGAGAUUUUUGUUGACGUUAUUUUUCAUAAAAUGAAAUACAGCCACCUUGCAUUUGGUGGAAAACCGUUAUUGUUUUAUUUCAAUGUUAAUGUAUUUCCCUCUAUCAUUUUCCUACUUGUAAAAAUGUGGGGGUGGUUUCUGACCUCUCAGUUUGAAAGGAGAAUUAAACUUAUGAUCGACCACG